UUUUCUACAUGCAUAUAUAUUAUAUAUAAGCAUAUGUACAUACAGGGAAAGAGAGAAAGACUCCAGCAUCCUUCCAGGAUCUACUAUUAUUUAUUGCCACAGAGAUUGGGCUGAGAAAUCAGCUUCCACUCUCCUGCACAGCCCUCACCCAUGAUGUGGGAACUUCGCUCCGUGGCUUUCACCCGUGCUGUUUUUGCAGAAUUCAUAGCCACACUUAUCUUUAUCUUUUUUGGCCUGGGCUCGGCUUUGAAUUGGCCUUCGUCCCCACCAAAUGUCCUCCAGAUCUCACUGGCCUUUGGCUUGGCUAUUGCAACCUUGGUCCAGACCCUGGGCCACAUCAGUGGAGCCCAUAUUAACCCUGCUGUGACUGUGGCAUGUCUGGUGGGCUCUCAGGUCUCCUUCUUGAGAGCGGUCUUCUAUGUGGUGGCACAGAUUUUGGGAGCAGUGACGGGAGCUGCCCUCUUGCAUCAACUCACACCGCCCCAUAUCCGAGGGAGCUUGGCCAUCAACAGGGUGCACAAUAACACAACUUCAGGGCAGGCAGUCACUAUGGAGCUCUUCCUCACUUUCCAAUUGGUCCUGUGCAUUUUUGCCUCCACCGAUGACCGUAGGAAUGAUAACGUGGGGUCACCAGCUCUGUCCAUUGGUUUCUCUGUUGCCUUGGGCCACCUCCUUGGGAUUUACUAUACUGGCUGCUCCAUGAACCCUGCUAGAUCUUUUGGUCCUGCUGUAGUUGUUGGUGACUUUGACAGCCACUGGGUCUUCUGGCUGGGUCCAAUGGCAGGAGCAGUGGUGGCUUCCUUGCUCUACAACUAUGCCCUCUUCCCCCAUUCAAAGACCCUCUCAGAGAGGAUGGCUAUCUUCAAGGGCUAUGAGCCAGAGGAAGACUGGGAGGAGCGUGAAGUUCGUCGGAGACAAUCCAUGGAGCUGCACUCCCCACAGACCCUGCCGCGGGGGGUAAUGGAGAAAGUCUAAGCUGAUAUCAAUGGCUUGCCACCACAUGCCAUGUUCCACAGCAUUUUCUCCUAAGUCAAAUAUUCAUUCAUAUAUGCUGUAAAAUCCUAGUACAUCUCAAGCUUGGAUAUAUUUUUUUUGUUACAGGCAGACCUGUAGCUCCACUUUUUUGCUCACAUUGUGAAAGGUAGGCCUUUGGGCCUGAAAUAUGCCACCUUUCUCAAGAGCUUAAAAUCUCUGUUUAUAGAUCACGUAACUAUAGCUUUUGUAUAUCCAUGAAUGAGUCUAGCAUUUUUUUUCUUUCUUCAGUCCACUGUCUCAUUAUUUAAAUUUUCCUGAAUGUUAUAAUUCUGUCCCAAGAGCAAAUGUCAUUGAUUAUAAAAACAAACUCUAUAUAAAGUAAAUACUACAUGCAAUUUUUUGAGAUUUCCAACAUCCAGACUAAAAGAAAAUCCAAGAAACACAAAUGUUUUGCCCCAUAUCCUCUAAAGAAAUGUCCCACUUCAUGCACCCAAAAGUAAAUGCCAAGAAUUAAACUCCAUGGAAGAAAAAGGAGGCUUGAAUGAACAUAUUUGAAACUGCAAUGCCAAAAUUCGGCAGUGGAGCUCUCGGCCCGAACUGUGGUGGAGGCUCCUUCUUUGGAGGCUUUUAAGCAGAGGCUGGAUGCCCAUCUGUUGGGGGUGCUUUGAAUGCAAUUUCCUGCUUCUUGGCAGGGGGUUGGACUGGAUGGCCCAAGAGGUCUUGAGUUGGAAAACUAUUCCAUGAUUCUGUGAUUCUAUGAAAUCUCAGACAGUGGAUCUGUUUUUGUACUUAUUUCAAAUGUAUGUUUGCAAGUGCACUAAGCUACAGCUACAGCACAAGCACAUAUACAGCUAAACAAUAAAAGGUAUAAGCUGAUAUUUACUAAUCAAGCCAUGCUUCAUGUUUGAAAAAAGUCUCUGUACAUAAUCCAGUUGUCUCCUUGGCUUUGCAAAUCUUCACCUUCACUUCCACGCUCAAAUGUGGUGUGGCAUCCUUUUUGAAGACAGAAAAGGAACUACUUGCCCUGGCUACAUAAUGCAUUGGCCUCCUUCUUUAGGUGCAGGUUUCUUUUAAACUCCACCUGUAAACAGGCAUAAUUUGUCACACUUAAAUUUUCUAACCUUCUACAAAUCAGCUUCAGUAAUUUCAGUUGUUUCUACAGCAUCCAGUAGAUAGUUCUGUUAUUUUGGGACAUUUUUCAGAAUAUUGGUGUGUGGGGGGUGCAUACUAGUGUGCUUUUGUAUGGAAUUGUUGUUCGUUUUGUGUAGUUUCAUUCGUUUUGUCUCAUUUUCAUAUUUGUUCCCAUGAACGAAAAUGAGGCGCCUAUACGAACAGAAUUUUCAUCUGGCUUAUGGAAAAAACCCAAGUGUUUGGACCAUUGACAAAAAUGGGAGAGUUUCCGAGGCAACACCCCCCCCCCCAGCUUGGUUUUUGGGCUAGAGGGGUGAAAAUUGCCACACAUGGAGGGCAUUUUGACCCCUUUUAGCUCACCAACUUUUAAAAUGUUUGAUUCUUCCCCAGAGUACUAUUAUUAUUAUUAAUAUUAUUAUUAUUAUUAAUACCCAUUGGUACACAUCAGCUGUAAUGGGGAAGCAGCCCUCUGUCAGUACCUGCUUAUUGUUACGGGCCAAAAUGAAAGGAAAAAGAAAGCAAGCACUAUGACUGUGUGGCUUUCAUUUUCGUGUUGCCUCUCGUUUCCAAAGAAAAUGUCGUAAUUCGUUUUGUGUAGACAAACGGUUGAAACGAAACAAUAGCAUGAAGGAAAUGAAGGAAAAAUUUUCGCGCACAUCUCUAGUGCAUAUUUUCAUGCCUGGGUAUGCAUGUCUAGGAAUGGGUAUAUAUUAACCUUUCAAAUGCAUUGAGAAAUUGACCUUCUUGUAUCUUUCAGGUCACUUCUUAUAAACAAAUGUAAUCUUUACUGUGGUUAUUUUAUGCACUUUAAAUAUUAUUGUCUUACUCCCAUCCAAUUCCAUAAAAUAUAUCUUUUGUUUUGCAAAUUGUGGAUCACAUGCAGCCAGCCCUCCCUGACUACUGAUAGUAAUGAUGCUGCUGCAGUGUCAAAUAAAGCUGACAUUGUAAUACAUUGAAACUGAAACAGCUACCUGACAAUAUUUCCAUGUUCUUUGCUGUUGGUAUCUUUUCCACACUCAUUAACUAGUGAGAAUCCAGGCGAUGUUCCUUCCAACCUAUAUUUCUCCCUGUAGUUUCUUGAAAAUGUUUCAAGUUAAAUGAACUGUAAAAGCUUUCCGUUAUAAACCAAUGAAGCACUCUUAUUUAAACAAAA